GACCGUCAGCACACAACAGAGACAGAGAGAGAAAUCAGAAGCAGCUUUCACACUGAAACAGCAGGACACAAAGAUGAAGAUGCCACAGCUUGUCAUUCUCCUGCUGACCAUUCUGGUACACGCAGUGGCUGCUUUCCCCACAGACAGAGGUGCCCAGGACAAACGUGCCUCCUGGGACGACGUGAACGUGGUGGCUCACGGCCUCCUGCAGCUGGGCCAGGGUCUGAAGGAGCAUGUGGACAAGACCAAAGUCCAGAUGAGAGACAUCAACACCAAACUGAAGGCCUUCAACGGCACGGUGGCCGAACUGGAGAGGAAGCAGCAGGAGCAAGAUGAAGCUCUGAAGGCAAGAAGCAAAGAGGGAGAGGAGGAGAAGGAGAAGGUGGUGGCAGAGCUGGUCGAGGAGGUGAGGGCGAAGGUGCAGGAGGGGCGGACACAAAGCGAGGACAUCCACACCAGGAUGGACAGACUGGAGGAGAGGCUGGAUGAGAUGCUUAAAGAGCCAACACUGGACAGCAACAACAGUGAGCACACGGGAGUCCCAUUUGUCCAGAGGCUGGUGGCAGCUCAGAACAGACGCAUUGACGCACUGGUGGAGAAAAUCAAGCAGCAACAAGACAAACUGGAGAAGCAGAGUCUACACCUGCAAACACUGCAGAGCAAGGUCGGAAACAAGAGAGUAAAGUCACACCGACGGAGAGAUGGAGAGACGGCACUGAGGGGAGAGCCAGUAGAGCAGAGCAUAGACGCAUCAGGUUGGGCCAGAGACUGUCAAGAUCUGUUUGCACGAGGGCAGCGAGCCAGCGGCGUCUACACAAUCCAGCCAGAGAACUCUGAGCCCUUCAACGUCCUCUGUGAAAUGACUUCAGAAGGUGGAUGGACAGUCAUCCAGAAACGUUACGAUGGAUCCCAGAACUUCAACCAGCUUUGGGAAAGCUACAAGAAAGGCUUAGGCAACCUGAAUGGUGAGUUUUGGCUGGGCUUGGAGAGCAUCCACACCAUCUCCAAACAAGGCCAGUACGUCCUACAGGUGGAGGUCUCUGACUGGGCGGAACAGCAGCAGCAGGAGGCUCGUUACCGACUCCAACUUGACGGAGAAGAAAAGGAGUUCGCUCUCCACCUGGAGCAGGAGUCUUCAUCCAGUAACCAGGUGGCAAUAAUGACAACUGGAGAAUCUGGUCUUCCUUUUUCAACAGCCGACAGAGACAACGACCUUGCUGCAGAUGUCAACUGUGCUGACCUGCUCUCAGGUGGUUGGUGGUUCAGUAGCUGUGGUGAGUCAAACCUCAACGGCAAAUAUCCCAGAAAGCCGAACAUGCUCAGACAACAGCAUCACAGAAGACAAAGGAUGUUUUGGACAUCCACAGAGGGGCAAAACAGCUCAGUGAAGACCACUCUUCUGAAGAUCGCCCCUGCCACAAUAAAGCAAUAAGCAGAUCAGUCUGUCUCAGACAGCACAGGACUGAAGAAAACAUGACUGUAUUUAACUUUAAUGAAUGAUCUCUGCUGUCACGCACUGGAUCAUCAGAUAUUUCUAUGCUGUGCCAUACGAUCAGCUCAUUGUCUCAGUGGAUAUAUUCAGUCAUAUUGACAGUAACUUUAUUCCCUUUGUAAGGGCUCCUUAAGCUUAUUUUGUUCUACUUACUGUAUAUGUUUUAAACACCUCUUUGAUAAUGCACAGUGAAUUGUUUUUAACAUUUAUACACUUUAAAUAUUUUAUAUUUCAUUUAUAUGAAGUGAAUGAAAAUAAAGUUUUUUAAAUGUUUAA